AUGCACCGCUGCCACGCCGAGUACCAGCUCCGACUCCUUAUGGAGGAGGAAUUCUGGAAGCAGAAGGCGGCCGUUCGCUGGGUGGCCGAGGGCGAACGGAACACUAGGUUCUUCCAGGGCUACGUUAGGCAGAAGCGUGCUAAGUCGUACAUCCAUAGCAUCGAGGCUAAUGGGUCACCCUUGACCCAGGAGGCUCAGAUUCGGGAGUCGGCUGUUGCUCACUUCCAGACCCUCUUCACAUCUGACAGAAGGUCCCUCGUGGCCCCGAACGCUUCUUUUUUCCCCACCAUCCCUCCUUCGGUCGACCUCAUUGGCCUCUGUGAGCUCCUGAGCAGGGAGGAGGUUAGGGAUGCUGUAUUCGGGAUUGAUCCCAACAGCGUUUCUGGCCCGGAU